UUCAAAUUAUAUUUGACGUGUAAACAUGUAGACGUGAAAAUAAAAAUCCAAUUAAAAAUUUUGUUUAAAUUAUUUGUUCAUUAAAAAAUUCCAUAAAUAUGGAAGAAAUAACCACAAAUACUUCUGAAAUUCAUACAAAUACAAAAUCAGAGGAAAACUCAUCGAACGUAACAGAAGAGCAUCAAGCUAAAUCAUGUGAAAGUCCACAUAUUGUGGAAGAGGAUUUACCUCAAAGUGAGGAGGGAUCAUCGAUUGAUAAAGAUGUAAACAAAGGUUUCCAUUCUGGGCUAUCUCAGAAUUUAACAAACAAUUUAAAUCAAACAAACGAUGAAUCUAGCGAUCAAAGUUCACAAGCAACACAAGAAAAUUCCGAACAAAACCAGAAAACGGAAGAAAAUAAAGAUAAAUCUGCACAAAACGAUUCAUCCAAUUGUGUGUCGUAUAAAACAAGUGAUGCAUCCAUAACUUUUCCCUCAAAUGGGUCAACAGAAACCAUCGCCCUAAAGCAACUAGUUAAUUGUCCGCCCCUACAAAUAAAUUCUAGCGUUAAAUCUUCCUCAGAAGGUGAUGUUCCAAUCAAUUCGAUUUCAGAAGAAGAUGGUUCAAUCGAAACAAAUCCAGAAUCAACACUUCCAGCAGAGCAAAUGCCUCAGACAUCAAAUAAAAACAAUAUUAGAACUGUGGAGGUUUCAAAACCCACAGAAACAUGUGAAGUUUCAACUUCAGCAUCACCAAAAAUUCAUCAACAACAACCUCAACAAAAUCCCCCAUUCACAACACCUCCACCAACUCCGCCCGAAGAUUCCGAAAAGUACAAACGAAUAGAAAAUCGACUACGAAAUUAUGAGAACGAGAUCGAACAGCUACGAAAGGCUCUUACACAAAAAGACAACACAAUAAGGUUAUACCAACGUGAGAAUAAUCUUCUCGAAAAAGAAAAGUUGGCAUUCCGAAAAGAAAAGGAAAUGGCAAUGAAGGAAAAAGAAAGUAUCGUUAUAACAUUUGCCACUAAGGAAAAAUCACUAAUUGAUGCUAAAAAACAAAAAGACUUAGUUGAAAAACAACUCGCUGAUUCUCGAAAGGAAGUGAAGAACAUUACAACCAAAUUUCAAGCUUUAAAUGAAGAGAAAUCCAGAAUUACUUAUAUGUUAGAUGAGAAGUGCAACGAUGUGAAGAAGUACCAAAAAGAACUUGAAAAACAAAAGGCCGACUACAACAAUCUGGAAAUGAAAUUUAAAUGGAAUUCAGUUAAAUUGGCUCAGGAAACUGAAGCGAAAUUGGCAGCUGAAAAAAAGCUGGAAGAAGAGCGAAAUACUCCAAAGCCUCAUGAGGAACAGGCCAAAGAAAAAAUAAAAAUGGAAUACGAAGCAACAGCAAUUCUACUAAAACAUGAAAUCGAAAGUAAAGACAAAUCAAUCGAAAGUCUAACCAAAGAACAGAAACAAGCCACAGAGAAGAUAAAUCAACUUCAAGAGAACCUUGACAAAAAGAUUCUCGAAAACACAAAUCUUAAUCGAGAAUUAGAAUGCUUACGUCAAGAGCAUGUUGCUGUUCAAGGUUCUUAUAGUGAAGAAAUGUUAAAUUCAGCUAAACUUCGAGGUCAACUAGAAGAAUUGCAAGUUCUUCGAACUCAAAACACUUUAAAUGAAGACAAAAUCAAUACUCUCAAUGAGAAUCUUCGACAGAUGGAAGAGAAACUUGUUGAUUCAACACAAGAUAUGGAACAGUUACAAGCCAAGGAACAAGAGUUGCUUAGUAUAAAUAAGGAAAUGAGUGAAAUGAUUGUUAGAUUACAAAAUGCAGUUUGUUUACACACAUCGAGGGUUAAAGGUAUCGAAGCAGAGAACGAGAUCCUUAAAAAAGAAAAACUCGACUUUGACACAAAAUAUCAAGAAAUAGAGUCACAACUCAAAGGAGAGAUUCAACAAAAGAACGAAGAUCGGUUGCUGUUAACAAAACAUCUUUCGGAGAAAACAAAAAUGUAUGAAUCAGUUAAAGUGAAAUUGGAGAACGUUCAAGGAGACCUCGACGCAACCAAAAAGAAACAUUCUCAAGUAGUUAAGGAGCUCCAAAGAGAAAUUCAAAAGUUUAAAAGAAUUUCCGAAGAAAAUUCUACCUCUCCAAAAUCGCCCUCAUCAACAUCGCCGUCAUUAUGCAGAAAUUGCCAAUUGAAGAGCACAAGUCAAGAACAACUUGGCUCGAGUAAUUCGCGAGGAAGUAACAAUAGUCGAAGUGACAGCGAAUCUGAAGCCCAGAGCAAUACUUCAACUAUGAAUCGUGAUGUCCAAGGUCCUUCCAAGCAGCAUUUAGUUGAGAGAAUUCUUCGUCUCCAGCAGGCAUCGGCGAGGCAAACAGAGAAGAUAGAUUUCUUGGAAAAUCACACAUUAUCGUUGGUAGCCGAGUUACAGAAGAAAUCGAAAGUAGUUCAGUAUUAUAUGAUGCGAGAUCAGGCUGGUGCACUAACAUCUUCCAAGAGUGACCAGAAUAAGACGGAACUGGCAAAAUAUGGCGGUGUUAUGUCGGCCAUAUAUUCUGGCAUCAAAGGUCCCAAUCAGAGUAUGACUCUGGAGUUAUCAUUGGAAAUCAAUAAGAAGCUUCAAGCUGUGUUGGAAGAUACGCUGCUGAAGAAUAUAACAUUGAAGGAAAAUCUUGACGUAUUGGGAUUGGAAGUGGACAAGCUUACCAGAAAACUUGCUCAAAUAAAGUCAUAGCGUAUUGGUGCCAUUGUACAUAACCUUAUAAUCGUAUACAUUCCUCUGGGGAACCCUAUUCUAAUUUAUGUAAUUAAAUAUCUAUCCAUCUAAAGUUAAUAUAAAGAAAUAUAAAAAGAAGUAAUAUAAAAGUAAAUACAA